GACCCGUCCUAGCGAUUUACUCACGUGAUAAGAACGUGCAUCGGAAGAAGGUGUGGUUCGAGUCGCGGGCAAGGCGGAUAAGCGGCGGCGGCGGUUCGAGAUCGAUGGCGGCGACGGGAGGAUCCGGUGGAGGCGAUCAGGAUGAGUUCUACCUCCGGUACUACGUGGGUCACAAGGGGAAGUUUGGUCACGAGUUUCUGGAGUUCGAGUUUCGCCCCGACGGCAAGCUUCGCUACGCCAACAACUCCAACUACAAGAACGACACCAUGAUCCGCAAGGAGGUCUUCGUCUCCCCCGCCGUACUCCGCGAGUGCCGACGCAUCAUCGCUGACAGCGAGAUUAUGAAGGAGGAUGAUAACAACUGGCCGCCCCCGGACCGUGUUGGCAGGCAGGAGCUGGAGAUCGUGAUGAACAACGAGCACAUAUCGUUCACUACUUCCAAGAUUGGAUCCCUUGUUGACGUCCAGGGCAGUCAGGACCCUGAAGGGCUCCGUGUUUUCUAUUAUCUCGUCCAGGAUCUGAAGUGCUUCGUUUUUUCUUUGAUUUCUCUGCACUUCAAGAUUAAACCCAUUCAGUCUUGAGUUCAUGUUCCCAGUUUAACAUAUUUUGUUCUGGAACCCUUUGUAAGUUGCUAAGAUUGUAUGCUCAAUUUCAGAAUGUUUUUGAGAGCCCGCCAGGCUUUGGGUUUCGAAGUGCAUGGAGACGAUCCAUUUAGGUAACAUAGAUUUUGUGUUUGUGGGUUCGUGUAUGAUGUGCCAACUAGACCAAUGACACCCUUGACUUGAUUCAGUUUGUGGUGUUUGGUUUA